UUUUUUUUUUCUUAGAGGGAAAGUUCGAAUAAAAUUUUACACAAGUAAAGAAGUAGCAAAGCUUCCACUCUUCUCAACUUUUCUCAUAAAAACACAAGCCCAUCCGCGCCACGAAGAGAGCUGUGCAGGAACUAUUCACAAAUACAGUUAUUAAUUAUCCUGCAAUAAUGCCUCUCUUCGUUCUUGCAGAGACGCCUGCGGGCUACGGCCUGUUCAAGGCAAAGGACAAGAAGUUGUUGUCGCGAGAUGAUAUUGAGAAGCAGCUAUCUACUGCUGAAGCCAUCAAUUCCAUGCUAUCGCUUAAGAAGAUGGUUAAGUUCGAAGAUUCGGCUCAAGCCUUGGGUGAAUACACGGCCCUGACUGAAGGCAAAGUCACCCCGAUGCUACAAACACUCUUGGACGACAUUAAGGAAGAACGAAAGGCAUCGCUUGCUGUCGCUGAUCCGAAACUUGGUGCAGCGAUCAACUUUUUACCCCAGUUGAACAUCACUCCCGUGUCCGAUUCAUCUACCAAUGAACUCUUCCGCGCCAUCAAGACUUAUCUACCCGAGCUUUUCCCCGAACUGGAAAGUGAUUACCUGGGGAACAUGGCUCUUGCCUUGUCUCAUUCCAUCUCUCGCCACAAGCUCAAGUUCUCUCCGGACAAGGUUGAUGUCAUGAUUGUCCAAGCUAUUAAACUCCUCGACGAUCUAGACAAGGAGUUGAACAACUACGCUAUGCGUGUCAAGGAAUGGUAUGGCUGGCAUUUUCCCGAGCUUGAUCGCAUCGUCCAGGACAACCUUGCCUAUGCUCGCAUCAUCAUAACUAUGGGACUCAGGGAAAAUGCCCCUAACACCGACUUUUCUGAAAUCCUACCAGAAGAUCUUGAAGCUCGAGUGAAGGCUGCUGCCGAAGUCAGUAUGGGUACUGAGAUUCUAGAUUUUGAUCUCGAAAACAUCAAGCUCCUUGCCGAGCAAGUCAUCAGUUUCACAGAGUACCGACAACAGCUCUCGCAAUACUUGACGUCUCGCAUGAAGGCCAUUGCCCCCAACUUGACAGAGUUAAUAGGCGAACUUGUCGGUGCUCGUCUUAUCGCGCAUACUGGCUCCCUUCUGAAGCUAGCUAAGAGCCCUGGUAGUACAAUUCAGAUUCUAGGUGCGGAGAAAGCUUUAUUCCGCGCCCUGAAAACCAAACAUGACACUCCCAAAUAUGGUCUCAUCUACCAUUCGUCUCUGGUUGGACAGGCUACUGGCAGGAAUAAGGGCAAGAUCGCCCGUACGCUAUCUGCCAAGGCUGCUCUAUGCCUGCGUGUAGACGCACUUUCUGAACUUAGCAACGAGGGCGCCGACGGUGCCGAUAUCAUGGUCGAUGACGAGGAAAGAGCCGAUAUGGGUAUUAGACUUCGUGCGGUGCUCGAGGACAAGCUGCGCAAGAUGGAAGGCAAGCCAUUGAUAUCCAAGGGUGCAAAGAUUGCACCAAAUGGCGCAACCCCCUCCAAGUUCCAAGUCUUACCAACACGAAACUACAAUGCUGAUGCGGACGCUGUACCUACCUCUGUCAAGAAGACACCAAACAAGCCCUUAAUACAGGAGGUUGAGGAUACUCCGAUGGGCGAUGCAGAGAGUGAGGAGGAGUCUGAUGAUGAUUCUGACGUCGAAAUGAACGGUGCAGAAAGUGCCAAAUCAAAGACGACUCCGAAGGAAGCAAAGACAUCCGAGAAGAAGCAUUCGGCAAAGAAAGAGAAGAGCAAGAAGGGUGCUAAUGGGGCCCCCCAAGGAACCCCCUCUAAGCUGUCUGAAGCUGACUACACCCGCCUCGCAGAGGGGGCCGGUAUCUCAGUAACCAAGUUCAAGCGCAAGUACGAGCGUGGAGAUGUUAAGCUGAAUGCCGAUGGAACGCCGCAAGUUAUCAGCAAGAAGGAGUUGAAGAAACUGAAGAAGGCAGAAGCCAAGGCUUCUGGGUCUGAGGCUGAAAGUUCCAGCAAGAAGCGAAAGCACACUGAGGAUGGCUCAGAGAAGAAGAGUAAGAAGUCAAAGAAGGCAAAGUCCUCAUAGACAUCGUAUAUGCUUUUUCUUCUACUGUACUAUACCAGUAAAAGUGCGAUGCUUGGAAUCAUGGAGGGCGGCGUUCCGGUGGUCAUACCAGGGUUUUGAUUGGAGUUGUUGGAUGGCUUCGUCAAAAAUAGCUACUUAGCUUAAGGCUAUCAUCAAGAUGAACUCGGCUGUUUAGUAGUCUGCUAUUGAUAUUUCCGUGUCUUUAACUUGGUGCAUUGUCCUUGCUUAGUCUCUUCAAAAUAGCUACACCUACCGAAAUAUUUACCGAAAUAUCUCGUGAUAGAAA